GAUGCAGCGAACACAUCCCGCUGCACACAUCUCCCCUGCAGCAUCUCCCCAGCAGCCCCCGCAGCCCUUCCCUUCCCUUCCCUUCCCUUCCCUUCCCUUCCCUUCCCUUCCCUUCCCUUCCCUUCCCUUCCCUCUUUCUCUCCGGUGACUCCUUCACAGAAAAGAUAUAUUCUAGAUAAAACCCUUAAAAGCUGAGUUACCUGAGAAAUCCAGACAAAUCAAAGGGUUUAGUGGGAUUAGUUUCACUUGAGUUGCAGUGGAAUUUCUUUCCAUGAGAAAAGCCAGGACUGAGAAUCAAUGUACAGCACUUCUGUGACUUUCCAGUCUGGCUGAAAAUGUAAUUUCCUCAGCUGCAUUCCACUGACUUUCCAAGGAACCGUUGGACCCCAGACCUCUCCUAAAGGUUUUGACGGAUUUCGGUUUUCAUGACAAUGGAAUUUUUCCUCCCCACGAUGGAAAGAAAGAACCUCUUCCUCAGCCUCCUGCUGUGCUACAGCCUGUUCAGAGCAGCUAAUUCCAUCCUGGUCAUUGAGGAGAAGAAAGAAUGCAAUCUGUCCAGGAGCAGCAGAAUGGACCUCUCAGAUCUCCCACCCAUCUCCAUAGUAGAUUUAACUAGAAGAUCCCAGAAAGUCAGCAGGAAAGAGGCAGAGAACAAGAAGUCUUCCAAGAAAAAUGCUGAACACAAGGUAUCCCCGAAGCCAAGGCCCCCACCUGCUGCUAACUGUGUGCCAACCUACAAAGCCUGCAAGCCCCAUUUGAACUCGUGCUGUAACUACUGCGCUCUGUGCAAGUGCCGGAUCUUCCAGACGAUCUGCCAGUGCCUGAUAUUAAACCCCAAGUGCUAARCCAAGUCAGAAAUACAGCAGGGCUUCUGUCUUUCAUUAGCUUCUCAAGUGGAUAUUUUAAAUCGCCCUAUGUGUAUAGCAAUCCAAACAGAGAGCUCUCAAGCUUGGAUUUGCCCCUCUUAAAAUUUAAUGGACAGUCUUUAUUGUGGGGUUAUCACAAGCUGGAUGUUAUUUCAGGGAGCAGACACUGUUUCAGGGAGAUUGGCACUGAAUUAGCAAAAGAGAUGUGUUUUAUGAUUAAUUCUGGAUUCCUGUGGGUUUGGGGGUUUAUUUUGAAGGAUCCUAUAAUUGACAGCCUGCAGAACUGUCUAACCAACACCAUAAAACCUGCMCCAGUGGCACCCAAAUGGCCACUAAAAUAGGACUGGUUAGGCCAGUGWGGGACUAGGGCUUGGCUUUGUCCCCAAGGACAUCACCAGCCUGCAGCACAGCCAAAGUAUGAGGCUGAAAAUGCAGGGUUUGGGGUUUACUUCAUUUUCACAUAUUCAACAAAAAUCAGGACAAGUAUUUAUGUAGGUUAUUUUACCUGAAAAGAUGGACCCAAGACAAUAAUGCCAUUUUUUUAGUCAUUCUCAACUGAGCAUCAGUCCUUCCACCUUCAGAGGUUUCAGUCAUUCUACURCCAGGGGUACAAUAUACACAUAGACUUGAACCCUAAAUGUAUCUGUGCCUUGGAAUAUAAAAAUCAGAUUUUUUUUCCCCAGCCAUAUCCAUAGGAAUUGACUCCUCAGACCUUCUUCUCCUGCUUCCAAGGAUCCUGCAUAUUCAGGGACCAAAGGAAGGAAGAUAUUUCUGGGACUUUGAGGAAGAAAGGAAAGAUGAGCAAAAAAUGAAUGUAUACCCUCAUGUAUACCUCAAAGCAAACCACUCUGAGCAAUCAAUCCCUUCCUUUGCCCUUUCUUGUUUCAGGAGCUUCCAGCACCAACCCCAAGGGUGAAUUGAGGCAGGAAUCUCCACGUGCUUCAGCAACCGGGGGGAAAAAAAUACAUCAAAUGCUGUAUCAACCCUUAAAGGCUCAGAAAUAUAUGGGUGAAACUCAAGGCAAYAGAAGAUUUCUUUCCCUUGUUCUUGAAGUUCUUUGCCUUAAAUUUGAGGUAUCCAAGAUGGCACAGGAGGAAAAUCUUUCCUGGUUAAACUCCCAGGAGAGCAAGGAGGGACCAGACCCAGAAAAUGUCCCUGACAUUGAAGACUUUUUAUMUGCCAGACUCCAGCUGUUGCUUUUUACCUCCUCUGUUCUGGAUCUACAGUGUCUCUCCCCUGCUUCGAUACACUUUUUUCUUCUGUGGUAUUUCUUUGUUUUUAGCAUUUUUCCUUCAUCCAUCUGCUAUUCCCAGGUACUGCAGGAGCRCUCCAGGGCUAACUCACAUCUCCCRUGUUCUCUCCACCUGCCUGCACCUUCCAGUGCUCUUUAGCUUUCACUAUCAGAUUUUUUCUAACCACAAAUUUCUAACCCCAAUCAGGAAUUUUCUAAUCCCCUGUGCAGGUCUAAUUGAGAGGACAGUUGUUUACUGAUUCAUUUCUAGACACAGCUGAGGGCUACAAAAWAUCUUCCAGCCAAACAAAGAUGACAUGGAUGACACUCCAAAGGGGCUCGAGCCAUAUGAAUUUUUUUUUGCUUCUAAUAAUCAGCCUAAAACCCAGAACUCAAAACUUAGGUUGAAUAUGGACAAAAAUUUUUGUGCAUACUAGAUAUAUAUAUAGAUGUCAGAUUAAUCCAAGAAACAGCCCUAAUGAUGACAGAAUGUCAUUUUGCUCCUUAUCCUUUAUAAAGGACAUCAAUUGACAUGUCUAAUAUAAGCUUGAAUUCUUGUAAAUGUAUGUAAGUGUAUCUUUUAACAGAUACCUUGGUUUGGGAAUCUGUAAGCCACUCAGUUAUUGUGGAAAAAGGAGAUGGGAAGGAAGAAMAAUACAUUACAAUGGAUUUCAGAAUGUGGUCCCUUCUUUUACUCAGUAAAGAUUUACAUUCCAUCAAGUUGUUUCAAAAUGCUUAUAAUUAUAAGAAACUGUUCUUGAUUAACACUAAAAACAUACCAACAAUCACAUAACUUCUUCUAUGGAAACAAGACCAUUUUCAUACCAAGAAGUCCAACUGGUCAGAAAAAUUAUAUUUUACCAUAGUAGAGGGGAAUGGAAGAAGAGGGAAGGGAAGGAAGGAGAGGAAGAAAUCCAGCAAAGAGCUGCUCUUGACAGCAGCUCCCACUCCAGCUUUGCAGAGCCUCAGAAUGGUUGAGAUCAACAGGGACCUCUGGAAGUCAUCUGGUCCAACUCCCUACCCAAGCARAACCAUCUGGACCUGUUUGCCCAGGACCAYGUCCAGGCAGCUUUUGAACAUCUACAAGGAGGGAAACUCUACCACCUCCCUGGGCAGCCUGUCCUGGUGCUUGGCCACCCUMACCAUUAAAAAAUGAAAGGAAAUGUUUCCUGAUGUUUGACUCCCUCCAGUAYAUCCCUGUCUCUCACACUGGGGACCCCAAGCUGGACACAGUGGACCAGGGAUGAACUCCUCAGUGCUCAACAAGGAGGGCUCCCUUACCUGCCCUGUGGUGACAGCGCUCCUGACAUGGCCCAGGGCACAGUUCCCUGUCCCUGACCCAUGGUCAGCUUGGUGCUCACCAGGUCCUGCCAGGGCCUUUCUUGUCUCCCAGCUGGGUGUCCAUCAGAGUAUUCUCGGGUUGUUCCUCCYCGAGGACAGGACUUUGUGCUCCUCCUUGCUGAACUGUCCAGCCUGGCUUGAUCCCUCUGGACAGCAACACAUCCCUCUGGCACAUCAGCCACUCCUCCCAGGCCUGUGUGUCCAGAUACCUCUGAGGGCUCACUCUGCCCCAUCAUCCACGUCAUUAAUGGACAUGUAGCACAGCUUGGGCUUCUCAGACAAGGACUGAGUGCCAAGACCCACCCAAGGACUAAAGAUAUAGCAGCUGGUCCAGCCAAGGACAGGACAACAAGAAGAAAAAGGAAAAAAGCUGUCAAUGACAGUAAGGAGAUUUGGUUUUCAACAUAUAUGCACAUACUUUUAAAUAUAGCAUCUAUCUGUUGUGUAUUUUCAAAUUUGAUUUAUUAAUAAGCCUUCUUUGUAACUGGAAUUGAUUAGAAAGAGGCUUUGCUUCCUUUGCUGUUCAUCUAUCACUCCAAAGAAUGUAAAUAUAAUCAAGUACUCUGAAAUCAUUGUUAGCCUUAGCGACUUGACUUUUCUGGGUAAAGAUCACAUUGCAUGAGGUAUUGACAGAGGAUACAGAAAUCAGUAAAAUGUGUACACCAAACAUUUGCUUCAAUGUGUUUAAUUUGAGCAGUUAUUUAUGCUGAGGGGAUGUUUGUCAGUGUAGGAGCUCCCCCGGGGUCCCAUCUGAAAUGCCAUCAGCACACAGAUGAUUGAACACGCACGUGACAAAGAUGGAGCACCUCAUUUCUAUCUGUGACAUACCAAAAUGUGUGCACUGAAAACUUAUCAGAAUUCAGCUGUAGAGGCAGCCCCARGAGCGCUCCAUGAAAAAGUCACUGUGCUCCUAGAGACUAUUUGAAAUAUUACCCUACUUACA